CAAAACCAAAUCAAAUUGCACGAUUCAAUUUAAUUCAACCUCAAAGCGAAAUCGAAAAAUUAUAAACAAUUUGUUUAACUUUUAAAGGCAGAAACGAACCAUUUCAUCAAAACAAAAUAAAAUGGCAAAGUUCAGUUCAAUUUGACCCGAUUUACCAUAAUCCAGCUCGGCGCCUAUCUAAGGGUCACAGCCUCUGUCAAAUUAGCGAGCCGUGACAUGUAGCUUUGGCUGAGCGGAAGGAGCACUUGACUGAGAUGGUUGGGAUUCAGGUGAAGCAUGGCGGUGGCGGUGGCGGUGGCGACGGCGACCAGAAAGAGUUCUUGUACGAGUGCUCAAGCACCUCUACCAUCGAUGACAUCGCCAAAGACGUCACCGGAAUCGCCAACCUUCAAUCGGAGAUUCACCACCUCCUUCUCCGACUCCAACCUCGUCUAUCUGACUCUCUCCUUCGGGACCACAAAGUCCUACCUCUGAUGAGAGCUUUAUCAGAAGCCAAGUCCUACGCAUCCAAGGACCAGGUUCCCCAUAACAGGCCUUUAUCCUAUAAUGUUUUAAAAGAUCACAUACAAAGCAUAGAAAGGGAAUUCAGUGUAAAUUAUCAGGCACUGGAUUUUCAAGACUGCAGUUUGAGGCAACUCCUACCUGACUUGGAACUUCUUCAAGAGGAUAGAACCCAGCUUUGGUGGGCAGGAAAACAGCUCCUGAGGGGUAACCAAUUAUGUGAUUAUAUUGGGAAAAAUGAGAAGACAAAGAUCAUAGUCAGGUUGCAAUCACCUGUCUCACCUCCUGAAUGUAAUUAAGAGAUGGGUCUUAUUAACAAAAAGCAGUCUUGAAAAUGGAUUAUUUAAAAGAACAGUUACUACAUUCUCGAAUGAGUUCUUAUUCUAUUGCCGUAUAUGCCUGGCUAUCUGCACCUGCAAAUGAGUUCAAUAUUCCUGGAUUCCUUCAACAUCCGGAUUGCGUAGCUAGAUCUUCCUUGUUUCUUCUAUUUUUAUUAUUUUCCCCUUUGAUAGGAAGUGCAUCACAGGAAGAGAGUGGAUACAAUAUUUAAUUUGAUGCAAGUCAAGUAAAGCUGAGGUCCUUGCAUUUCAGAUUUUGUAGGGCUGCCAACUCUUCUUGAUAAGUAAAUGUACAAACUGAGAUGUUCCUAUCUGGAAAUUUUGCAACCACAUCUACGCUAUGGUUGUUUGGUUCCAGACUGGUUACUAGUGAUAGUUCAGUUGUCUUUGGAGUUUUUUUAUGUCUACCUGAAGUUAUAUAAAUGUAAAUAGAUUUUGAAUCUUUUUGCCA